CAUUCUUUCAGCUGUGAAAAUCCUUUCCAUGUUGUCCACAACUGUGAUGAAAAGAGAAGCCCCUCUUGCCAGAGACUGAACUCGUCUGUCAGGAAAAUAACAUUUACAGGACUUGUCAUGUCUCCCUUUCUGCGUAUUGGUUUAUCCAACUAUGACAGUGGCCCUUACCUGCCAUCCCAGGGGGAGGUGAUUAACCCUUACUGUGCUGUGAUGGUUAAAGAAGCCGUGGAGUCAGAAAAUGGCCAAGUGUACGUGCAGAAGAAGCCCACCAUGUACCCACCCUGGAACAGCACCUUCGAUGCCCACAUCAACAACGGCAGGGUCAUGCACAUUGUGGUCAAGGACAAAAGUGCUGAAAUGGUUUCAGAGACCACGGUGGAACUCAAGGUGCUGGCAGAGAGGUGCAAAAAGAGCAAUGGGAAGACAGAGAUAUGGCUAGAAUUGAAGCCUCAAGGGCGAAUGCUGAUGAAUGCAAGAUACUUCCUGGAAAUAAGUGAUGCAAAGGACCUGGCAGACUGUGAGACCGAAGGUUUUUUCUCCUUGCACCAGCGCAGAGGAGCCAUCAAACAGGCCAAAAUCCAUAAUGUCAAGUGCCACGAGUUCACAGCCACCUUCUUCCCACAACCCACCUUCUGCUCUGUCUGUCACGAGUUUGUAUGGGGUCUGAAUAAACAAGGCUAUCAGUGCAGACAAUGCAAUGCUGCCAUUCAUAAGAAGUGCAUUGAUAAAGUAAUAGCCAAGUGCACGGGAUCAGCAAUCAACAGCAGAGAAACAAUGUUCCAUAAAGAGAGGUUCAAGAUUGACAUGCCUCACCGCUUCAAAGUCUACAACUACAAGAGCCCAACUUUCUGUGAGCACUGUGGCACACUCCUCUGGGGCCUUGCACGGCAAGGAUUGAAGUGUGAUGCAUGUGGCAUGAAUGUCCACCACAAGUGCCAGAUGAAAGUAGCAAACCUUUGUGGAGUUAACCAGAAACUAAUGGCUGAAGCUCUGGCAAUGAUAGAGAGCACCCAGCAGGCUCGCUGCCAGCGGGACUCUGAGCAGAUCUCCAGGGAUGGACCUCUUGAAAUUGGCUUCCCAGUUCCUGUGAAGGAGGUGACACCACUUCAGGCACUGCCAGCAUCUACAACAGGAAAAAAAGAGCCACAGGGCAUCUCUUGGGAGACGCCAGUGGAGGGCACGGUCAAGGGAGAGUCUCUAAUAGAGACAGACUCGGGAGGAGAGCAGCCCCAGGAGCAGCAAGUGCACGAAGUGCAACUAAAACUAACCAUUGAAGAUUUUGUCCUGCACAAGAUGCUGGGGAAGGGCAGUUUUGGCAAGGUGUUCCUUGCUGAGCUGAAGAGCACAGACCAGUAUUUUGCUGUGAAAGCCCUGAAGAAGGAUGUGGUGCUGAUGGAUGAUGAUGUUGAAUGCACAAUGGUUGAAAAGAGAGUCCUCUCCUUAGCUUGGGAGCACCCGUUCCUGACUCAUGUCUUCUGUACGUUCCAGACCAAGGAAAACCUCUUUUUUGUGAUGGAAUACCUCAAUGGAGGAGACCUCAUGUUCCAUAUCCAGAGUUGUCAUAAGUUCGACCUUCCCAGAGCAACGUUUUAUGCUGCUGAAAUCAUAUGUGGGCUUCAGUUCCUCCAUUCCAAGGGCAUAAUAUACAGAGACUUGAAGCUAGACAACGUACUCUUGGACAACGAGGGGCACAUCAAAAUUGCUGACUUUGGGAUGUGCAAGGAGAACAUGUUUGGUGAUGCAAAGACAAGUACUUUCUGUGGGACUCCUGACUAUAUUGCUCCUGAGAUAUUACUGGGGCAGAAGUACAACACCUCUGUUGACUGGUGGUCCUUUGGCGUCCUCCUGUACGAGAUGCUUAUUGGCCAGUCUCCUUUCCAUGGCCAAGAUGAAGAGGAGCUUUUCCAGUCUAUCCGUAUGGACAACCCAUUCUACCCUCGCUGGCUUGACAAGGAUGCAAAGGACAUUUUGGUAAAGCUUUUUGUGAGAGAACCUGAGAGGAGACUGGGAGCAAGAGGGAACAUCCGCCAACAUGCCUUUUUCCAGGAAAUAAACUGGGAGGCUUUAGAAGAAAGAAGGAUGGAGCCUCCAUUCAAACCCAGAGUGAAAUCUCCGAGUGACUGUAGCAACUUCGACAAGGAAUUUCUAAACGAAAAGCCUAGACUGUCCUGUGCAGACAGAGCACUGAUUAACAGCAUGGACCAAAAUAUGUUCAGCAACUUCUCUUUUGUGAACCCUAAAAUGGAGAAAAUAUUUUCCUGAGAUCUGCCUUCCUGAAGAAACUCUCUGUAAUGGUUUGAGUAACACUUUGUCGACUGAUGACUGUGCAUGUUUAUUUUUAUCAAGAACCCACCAGAAAAACACCUCAGUGAAAGUUUUUUACCUUGUCCAGCUUUAUUCCAGUCUGUAGCAGGUGCCAGCCACUCUUCACUA